AUGGCCAGAUUCACCGCCCGCGUGGGUCUCAGGCUGCCCUUCGGCGGGGAGAAGGAUUGUGAUCCCAGAGAAUGGCGUCCGUUUACGUUCGGAGGCGCCGGCGGCGGCGGGAUGGCGUUGUUCAAGAACCCAGUUGAGAUUCGCCGGUGCAGCGACACGAGGAAGACCCAGCUCGCUAGGGUUUCUUGCCGUGUCUCCGCCAUGAGCAGGAAAAGCGGCAGUUCCCGCGGGGAUCGUGUGGCGGAUGUUGCGGGCGAGGACGAUGGCGACGAUGACGACGAGGAGUUCGAGAGCGACGAGCUGUCAUGCUUCAGGGGCCUUGUCCUGGACGUUUCUUACAGGUCUGCGAUCUUUGAUUCGAUCUCCAAGGACCUCCCCUUGAUUUGCUUGUAAUAGUCUGGAGAAAUCCGUCUGACACGCGACGAUUUUUCCAUUUAAUUCACGGCAUCCGCUAUUGUCUGAGUCGAGGGAACUUCCGGAGGCUCUGAUUGCGGUGGCUUCUCUCAGGACCCACCCCGCCCAUAAUCUUGUCCGUCGUCUGGUUCAUCCCAGGAUCUGAGGAUGAACUCUGAACAGGCGGGCGCAGGAAGAAGACGAUGAUGUCCAGUCCGUAUAGGAAUGAAGCUUUCUGUGCUGAUUUUCUGUUUAUUCAUGCAUUGCGCAUUCGGUUACCGCAAACUUUCCUCUUCCAUCUUUCGAUUUGCAUUUCCGGGUAGCCCUGUUAGCAACUAAAGCUUCAGACUUUAUUCUGAAUUGGAUCUGAUCAUUCCUGUGUUCUUCUAGGCCCGUCAAUGUCGUUUGCUGGCGGCGUGCUAUCUGCUUGGAAUUCAUGGAGAAGGUCAGCAUUCUAUGAUCCACCUGUCAGACAUCUGCUGUCAUCUCCUCCGAAAUAAAUUGAACGGAACCCAUGAUCAUGGCACCCCGUCGAUCUUGUUUCUCUUGGCAGGCUGAUGUUCUGGAAUAUUAUGAUCAGACGGUGCCUUCUUCUCGAGGAUCUUUCUACAUCCCAGCAGUCUUGAGGGUAAACUAAUCCGCUCUCCGACUCCAUCUACAAACGCUCCUCUCGAUCCAUUCCUCGCAGCUUUCAUGCAUAAAAACCGUAGCAAUCUCUUGAUCUUGAUGAAUCUAAGUUCUUUACCAUCUUUAGUCCUCAUGCACAUGUCAACCACAUUGUAAUAGUUGCCUGUCGGCAGAAUUAGAGCGGCCUGAGUUGACUUUUAUUCCUGAUAUAUAUAUUAAGAUGAAAUCUCGAGUCCUGCUCAUCGGUGUGGUGUGUCUCCCGCUUCCAGGUGCCUCAUUUGUUGCAAGUUGUUAAGAGAAGAAGGAUAAAACACAACCUCAGCCGUAAAAGUAUUUUUUAUCGAGAUUCGUACACUUGCCAGUAAGUGCUUCUCUGAGCCAUAUUUUGUUUGAAAGUCAACGACCCAACUAUAUCCUAAUUUGUUCUCCGAGAUUAAUUUUACUCUUGUUCUUAUUGGGGAGAAGUGCAAUUUUCUUUCUCUUUUUUAUUUUUUUUUGAACUUUCCUCGGAAAAUACCUUGGCCAGUAUCCAAUAUGUGAAAGUUUUGACCCCAUUAAUUACGAAGAUUCGAUGUGAAAAUGCUAGAAAAAAACUAUAUCUUACUGAACUAUUUUUGCAUCGGAUAUUAUCUAGAAAAUCACAAGCUUUUCUCUUCCAUAGAAAUCAAGUGAUGCAUUUUGGUUUGAUCUGGUUUGAAUGUGAGAGAUGCCGAUAUCGGAAUCAUGUCUUGAAGAGCUUCUUGAAUCGGGAGCAAUGUCUCUUGAGGAUUACUGUGAGAUUUUAUAAAUCUCUCGAUCGAUCUCUGUUUUGGAUCAGAAAAACAUCCCUUGCUACUUCUCUGAUACUGGAAAAGGAAAAAAAAAAAAGCUGAGGUCGGAGGGGUUGGAUUGGCUCUGUAUGGAUUUUGCUAUUUUUGAACUGUCAGGAGGAAUCUGAUAAAAAGUUUUUUUUUUUUUUCUGUUAGGCUUAUUUUCUGAUAUUAUCCUUUUUCAGAUAUUUGAGAAAAAAUCAACUCUUUUGUUUUUUUUUUUUAUAUUAUUUCAUUGGAUUUCAAGGUUUUUAUCAGAAAAUUGCUUCGAUCAGGUACUGCUGUUCGCGGGAGAAUUUGACCAUUGACCACGUAAUGCCGAUUUCAAGGGGUGGCGAAUGGAAAUGGGAGAAUCUGGUAUAUGCUCAUUUCUCAGUCUCAUUCUAUUUGUCCCUCUGUGAGCUGGUUGCACUGGGCUUCUGUAGGAUCCAGCAAAGAUCACCCAAAUUACGUGGCUAUCCUGAAAUCACCCACGUGGCAGAUGGGAUGAGGCCCAAGUUGGGCCCAUUUGAGCCGGGCCCCGGCCAAUACCAUUGCUGUAAUCACAUUAUUUCUCCGAAGUUCUUGUGAUUUAGUAAAAAGGGUGUUUUUUAAUAUUUUAAAAUAGGAAUAUGUAUGGUCCUGCUUCCGUCGAUGGUAUUUUUUUUCUCGUUGGAGGAAAAAAUAAAAAAUAAAAAUAGAAAUAUAAAUCUUUUACCCUGGAAAUUAUCUGCCCUCCCAUUCCAGGUCACCGCCUGCUCGAGAUGCAACUCGAAGAAGGGCCAGAAGACCUUGGAGCAGGCCAACAUGAAGCUGAUCAAGCCCCCCAAGGUGGGUGAUGAACUGAAUUGCCCUGAACCCCCAAAAAACCUGCAACACGACCCACCUGCUUGAUGAAUUGCCUCAAAGAAGAAGAUCAAGAAGAAGAAGAAGAAGAAGAUGAUGAUGAUGAUGAUGAUGAUGAUGAUGAUGAUGAUGAAAAUUUCUCUUUUUCUUUCAUUUUUGCAGGCCCCGAAGGAUUACGACAUCCUCUCCAUCCCGUUGACCUCAGCAGCGCUGAAGAUGCUCAAGUCCCGGAGGGGUGUCCCCGAGGAGUGGCUCCAGUACCUCUCCAGGCCAUCUCCGUAG